GCCCCUCGGACUGGCUGGGCUGGGCAGGGCUGGAGAACAACGACUCGGCCACUGCGCGGGCGGCGAGGGCGAGGGCCGAGGGAGGGCCUGACCCGAGGCCCAGGUGCCGGCGCUGGUGGGAGCAGGACCCAGAGCUCCCGGCCGCCCUCCCCUGGGCUGGGUCAUGCGCUGCCCCAAGUGCCUCCUCUGCCUGUCAGCGCUGCUCACACUCCUGGGCCUCAAAGUGUACAUCGAGUGGGUCUCAGAGUCCCGGCUGAGCAAGGCCUAUUCUGGACCCCGCGGCACCCCGCCAGGCCCCACGCCAGCCAGCCCCGAGCCCACCUUACCGGCCAACCUCUCCGCCCGGCUGGGGCAGACCGGCCCGCUGCCCUCGGCCUCCUGGAACCAGCAGCAGUGGCGGCUGGGGGUGCUGCCGAGUGGGGAGAGUGCUGAGGCGGGGGGCUGCCAGGCCUGGGGGGCUGCAGCUGCCGCCGAGAUCCCCGACUUCUCCUCCUACCCCGAGGACCUCCGCCGCUUCUUGCUGUCAGCAGCCUGCCGGAGCUUCCCACAGUGGCGGCCUCCAGGAACCAGUGGCCAAGUGGCCGGCUGCCUCGGCUCCGACGUCCCCUACCUGCUGCUGGCUGUCAAGUCGGAACCAGGGCGCUUUGCCGAACGACAGGCCGUGAGGGAGACGUGGGGUGCUCCGGCUCCGGGCAUGCGGCUGCUCUUCCUGCUGGGGUCCCCAGAGGGAAAGGGGGGCCCUGACCUAGGCUCCCUGGUGGCCUGGGAGAGCCGCCGCUAUAGCGACCUGCUGCUCUGGGACUUCGUCGACGUCCCCUUCAACCGGACGCUCAAGGACCUGCUGCUGCUGGCCUGGCUGGGCCACCACUGCCCCGGCACACACUUUGUCCUCCAGGUUCAGGACGACGCCUUCGUGCACACCUCUGCCCUGCUGGCGCACCUGCGGGCGCUGCCCCCUAGCUGGGCCCGAAGCCUCUACCUGGGUGAGAUCUUCACCCAGGCCAAGCCGCUCCGCAAGCCCGGAGGCCCCUUCUAUGUGCCCGGGUCCUUCUUCGACGGCGGCUACCCGGCCUACGCCAGUGGGGGCGGCUAUGUCAUCGCGGGGCGCCUGGCGCCCUGGCUGCUGCAGGCGGCAGCCCGCGUGGCACCCUUCCCCUUUGACGACGUCUACACGGGCCUGUGCUUCCGUGCCCUGGGCCUGGUGCCCAGAGCCCACAAAGGCUUCCUCACCAACUGGCCGCCAGACCGCACGGCUGACGCCUGCGCGCUCCGUAAGCUGCUGCUGGUGCGGCCGCUCGGCCCCCAGGACCGCAUUCGGCUGUGGAAACAAAUGCAGGACCCUCAGCUCCGCUGCUGAGCCUCCAGGGGGGCGGGGGGGCUCACCUGAGCUCAGGGCCCUGCCCUGGCUCGGCCUCUGUGAGGCCUGCGGGUGAGGAAGUCCCCGAGUUCCCUGCAGGAGCCACUCUUUGGCCCCCAGGCCAGCAGGGCACUAGGCAGGAGAGGAC